AAAAGUGUAAUUUACCCUAAAAACUGUUUUGCCUAAUACAAGGAAGGGAAAAUAUUUUUGGGAUUACGUCGAUUAAUUUUAAGGAUUAAGAUUAAAGACAACUAAUUUGUAUUCGAUAGAAGUUAAAACUGAUUCAAAGGAGAAAACGAAUUCAUAAGCAAUGCUCGCAUUUUUUUUUUUUUUUUUUUUUGUAUAAAUCUUGUUCCACUGAUUUUGUAACUCAAAUAACUUUUGUAUGUUUUGUUUUCUUGAAAAAAAAGCUAUACCACAAAAUCAAUAUUCAUGUCCUAUUUAAUUUGAGUAUAUAAUAACAUUAGUUUUUAAAAGUGUUAGAUGCACAAUUGAUUACAACGGUGCCCCCAAACAGUCUAAAAUGUACAUCUAAAUUGUCUAAUUUCAACAAAGCUUACAAAUUUGUCACAACACUAAUUUAAAAGUAAUUACAGCAGUAUGUUUAACGUAUAACAACGCGUUAAAGUUCUAUAUGGCUAACACAUGAACAAAUGCUUGAAGUGAUACAUUCAAAUAUUUAAAACAACUUAUCCAAAUAAUCCAUAGUUUGACAGACGUAAAUACAUCACCAAUACGUAUGAAAAUCAAACAUUGUUAGAGUACCGACAUAUCCAUAUAUUUUACUCGUCAUAAAAUUUUCAAAAUAUAAUAUAAUUCUAUAAAUAGUCCAUUAAAUAACACUUAUAAAAAGUAUUUCACGGUAGUCGCCUUAAAAUGAGUACCUACCCUGCUUUCUUCCUUUCAUCAAACCAAAACCCCACAACGUCUAACUAGUUGUCUGUGCAACACUUUCCGAUAACGGAAUAUUCUUUUCCGUCAACUUCACUGCUAUUACACUUCACAACUCACCGGAUCCGUUAGUUUCCUUACAAAACAAUAACAUGCCAACGCCGUCGUAUUGGUGUUACCGGUGCACUCGCUUAGUCAGAAUACCAGACCAAAACGCCGUCGUAUGUCCAGACUGCGACGGCGGAUUCAUCGAAGCCGUAGAUGUCAACGUCAACGCCAACGCCAACGCGUCGCCGUCACAGGAAACUCGCCGGCGUUUUCCAGCCGCAGCGAUGUACAUGCUCGGCAGCAACGACCGGUCAGAUCUGAGAUUCCGCCGCCGUGGCCGGCGGAACAACGGCGAGUGGUCACCAUUCAAUCCGGUAAUCGUUCUCCGCAGCAGCAGCGGUGCUGACGUCACGGAUUCAAAUUCCGGCCCCGGAGAAAGAGGUUUUGAACUCUAUUACGAAGACGGAGCUGGCUCCGGUUUACAACCGUUACCGGCGAUGAUGUCGGAGUUGUUAAUCGAAUCAGGAUUCGAUCGAUUACUCGAACAGUUAUCACAGAUCGAUAUCAGCGGUUUAAACCGUAACGAACAACCUCCGGCGUCAAAAUCUGCAAUAGAAUCGAUGCCGACGAUAGAGGUGAAUAAUAUUCACGUCAGCAAGGAAUCUCACUGUGCAAUUUGCAUCGAAGCGUUCGAUCUCGGUGCGGAGGCGCGUGAGAUGCCGUGCAAGCACAUCUACCACUCCGAUUGUAUUCUCCCGUGGCUGACGUUGCGAAACUCGUGUCCGGUGUGUCGACACGAGCUUCCAACAGAUUCAACAGAUUCUGUUACAGUAACAGAGUCUGUUGAAUCACGAAGUGUUAGAUCGGUAUCACUACAACGCAACGAAACAAACGAAGAAGAAUCAGCUGCAGUUGGACUAACUAUUUGGAGAUUACCUGGUGGCGGAUUUGCCGUCGGUAGGUUCACCGGCGGGAGGAGGACCAGCGGCGGCGAGAGAGAGCUUCCGGUUGUGUACACUGACGUCGACGGUGACGGUUCCGGCAGCCCUAGGAGAAUCACAUGGGAGACUAGAACGCAUCGAGCUAGUGGAAAUGGAAUUCGUAGAGCUUUUCGGAACUUAAUUUCGGUUUUUGGAAGGUCUAGAACGAAUUCGAACUCCUCGGAGCAUAACGGAGGUUCGAUGAACAGAAGCCGGAGCUUAUCGAGUUCGAUUUUCAGGCGAAUGGCGUCGAGAAGAAGCAGAACUUUGAUUUUUGAAGAACAGAAUGGUAUGCCGAGAUGGUAGUUUUGAUUUAAUUGGUGUUGUUUAAGUUGUUAUAAUCGUGUUAUUAUUUUGAAGGUUGUAAAUAUACUUGAUGAUGCCAAUGCAAUGCGUUGAUCCGAAUAUGAAAGAUAAGAUUAAUUAUGUUACUGGUUUGGAUUUGUU